AUGGGGACAGUUUGGCAGGGGGACAGCCACCUCAGCAUCGCCACCAAACCCCACCAGGGCAUAUUUUCCCCAGGCAUCUUGGCCGAGGCGCGGUUUAAGGCGGACAAUGAGGUUUUGCAGCUGCUGGCUGGGAAUUCCUCCCAGACUCUGCUGGAGCGUUGUUCUGGCUGGGUUCAGCCCCGGGAGGUGAACGGCGUCCUGGGGGGGUCCGUGCUGCUCGCCCCAGCUCUGCCCCCCAACAAGACGGUGAAGGAGAUCGAGUGGAGCUUUUGGGACGGCGCUGGUGUCACCAUUCAAGUGGAAGAAUUCGGCCCCAGCGGCUUCGAGCGCCCCGACCCCAAGGACCGGUUUGAGAACCGGCUGGAGAUGUUCAACGCGACGGCGCUGAAGAUUGGGGCCCUGGAGCGGGGCGACAGCGGGGUCUACGGGGCUCGGAUCAAACUGCACCCGGCGCUGGUGGAGGAUCAGUCCUUCAGCCUCGCCGUCUACGAGUCGGUGCCGAGCCCCCGGACCCGCAGCCAGCUCCUGGCCAGCACCCUGGAGUGGUGCAACCUGACGCUGCAAUGCCAGGGAGCCGGGAAAGGCGCCGUCAACGUCACUUGGAAGAGGGACAACGUCAUUUGGGACCUGAGCUCAGAGCAGCACCAGCUCUCCCCGGACGGGACCACCCUCCGGCUCACCCUGCCACCCACCGCCGCCAAUGGCACCUACGCCUGCACCGUCAGCAACCCCCCCGGCACUGCAGCCUCCCCAUCCUGGGUGGUGAACGGCGUCCUGGGGGGGUCCGUGCUGCUCGCCCCGGCUCUGCCCCCCAACAAGACGGUGAAGAAGAUCGAGUGGAGCUUUUCGGAUGGCUCUGGUGCCACCAUUCAAGUGGCAGAAUUCAGCCCCGGCGGCUUCAAACGCCCCGACCCCAAGGAUCGGUUCAAGAACCGUCUGGAGAUGCUCAAUGCGACGGUGCUGAAGAUCGGGGCCCUGGAGUGGGGCGACAGCGGGGUCUACCAGGCUCGGAUUCAACUUUACCCAGCGCUGUUGCAGGAUCAGUCCUUCAGCCUCGCCGUCUACGGGCCGGUGCCAACACCGGAGAUCGAGCACCAGCUGCUGUCCCUCACCGCUGAAGGGUGCAAUGUCACCCUGCAGUGCUGGGUGCCGGCUGGCAGCGAUGCCGAGACCAUCUGGCAGCUCAACACCUCCCUCGAGAUGCCAUGCGGACAGGUCUGCGAGGGGAACCGGACACUGAGCCUGGCCAUGCCCACCAGUGCCUUCAACACCAGCUACACCUGCGUGGCCCGAAAUCCCAUCGAGGAGCGGAGCGUCUCCAUCCACCUGGGCACCCUGUGCCGGCAGCAGG